AUGGAAAAUCGUUGUUCUGUUUUGGGAUGUUUGAAUAUUUCUGAUGAUGGAGUUCGAUUACAUGAAUUUCCAUUUGAUGAUGAGAAGUUAUUGCCCAUUUGGAUAAUGGCGGCAAAUCGUCCAAAUUGGUUACCAAUUGACAAAAGUAGGAUAUGUGACGAGCACUUUGAUAUUGCUGAUUAUGAAGGUGGCAAUAAGGGCAAUAGGCUUAGACCAGAUGCUUGUCCCAUAAUCCAUCCUACAACUACAAUCAUUGAUUUUAGCCGUCAGGACGGCCCUGAGGAUAUUACACAUGGAAAGAUAUUAGCAGAUUCUGAAGACAGUGAAUGUUUGUCUACAAGCGAUAUUAAUUCUGACGAUUUACUUGAUACACCAAAUACUAGUGAUAUGAAAUCCAGUGAUGAUGUUUCAACUCUAAGUACAUCAUCUUGUAGUAGUUUAAGUAAUUCGAUUGAAGCUAAUGGAUUUGAUGAUGAUUUUCUAUCAUCACUUUCAGACACCGAAUUUGAACUUGAAAAUGUAGAUAUUGAAGAAUCAAUGAUAGAAGUAGACUCUGUCUCAUUGUCUUCAUCUGUAACAAGUUUUAUAAACCAAGAAUGUGCGGUUGUAUUAUGUAAUCAAAAUGCAAGAGACCAGUUUGAUAUCUUAUUUUUCAUCAACUUUCCAAAGGAUAAUAAGGCACUUAGUGAAACCUGGUGGAAAAUUUGCGGGCGCAAAGACAAAUUUGAUCCUUUGUUAAAAAUAUGCUCAAUUCAUUUUGAUCCGGAAGAUUUUACAUCUAUUACUAUACGACGAGACAGUCAACUUUUUAGACAAACUAUUUUGAAGAAUAAUAAUAUUGUACCAACACUUUAUCUACUGUCACAUGAGUAUACAAAGUUUGCAAGAAAACGAAAAAGAAGUGUGAAUGAUAGUAUAAAAAAUAAUACAUCAGAAUUGGAAUACUGUAUUAUUCAAGGCUGUGACAAGACAUUUUUGAAAGAUGGAAAACAGACAUUGUUUUUUAAAUUUCCAUUGGAGAACAAAAAUAUGCUUGAAAAAUGGGUAGAUAGUAUUGGAUUACCUAAUUGGCAGCCAACCGAUACAGAUCGAAUUUGCUCUGACCAUUUUGAAAAUGAUGAUGUUUUAAUGCCUAAUAAUAUUUAUGUUCUUAAUAAUAAUGCUAUUCCGUUAGUUAAGCCACAAAAUUCAUUUGUAAUAAGUGCUGAAGACAAUUAUGAUAGAAAACAUGCAUCCAAAGUUAACAGCAGAUAUAUUGAUAAUAUUUUUAAUAAUUUAGAAUGCAGGCAAUUAGAAAAUAACACUUUGAUAGUUAAAGAUAUCACAAAGGGAAAAAUGAAUGAAAGUUUAUUGUUAAAUUCGUUGGAAAAUGAUGUAAUUGACCAAGAACCAAAAAAUCACCAACAAAUAUUUAAUACAUGCGCCGUCCAAUCUAGUUCAACAAUUAAUAUAAAUGGCAAUAAAGAAAAAAAUAUGAUACCAAAAUCAAGAAAUAAUGGAAAUGACUGUGAUUAUAUAUACUUAGACAUGUUGGAUGGUGAUGAUGCUAAAAAUGUGUUGUCAUUUGAAAAAAAAAGUAUUUCAAAGAAUUCCAAAACAAAAAUUCUGCAACUAUUAGAAAAAAAUCAUACUGAUGGAAUUCCAGAAUCAAUAAUAUAUAAUCAAGACUUAACAGAAUGCUAUGGUGAAAUGCUUUCACCUUCUUGCGACCAGGACUGUCAAUUAAUAUGUUAUUAUUCUAUACCUGGCCCCGACCGAAGACAAAUUUAUAAAGAAUUUCAGAUGUUGAAUGCGACUGAACAGAACUGUAAAAUAACUCAAUUAGUACAAUUACGUAUCUCUAAAAAAAAAGAUAGGACUUUUGAAAGCUGUCCGACAUACCAUUUUAUUUGGAAUAAGGCGUCUGUAAAAGUCUGCCGAACUUUUUUUAUGAACACAUUAGGUAUUUCUGAUAACCGUCUUGAUGCCAUUCUGAAACCAAUAAAUUACAGUUGGUAUUCUGACAGAGACAUUGCGUUGAAAGCUAAUCAACCAAGACAAUUAAAUAUUAUUAGUGAGCCGGUUGUCAUGACAGAUUUUAUGAAAGAAUCUUUAAUACCCUUGAACAAGGAUUACAAUUUAUAUGAGCCUGAGAAUGACGCAGAAGUUAGUCUAGAAAAUGUGCCUUUUAAAGAAUAUCAAAACGUAUUCCUAUACAUGAAAGGUAUUCCUAGGGUUUUGAGUUCAUAUCAAAUUCCUGGAACAUUAAAAAAACAUUGCUUUGAAACCAGUAUUUGUAUGGAAUAUAUGUACAAAGCAUAUUCUGAAAAUUUUAUUAGGAACAAGACUCCCCCACCAUUUACAAAACGUCAGUUUAAAAAAAUUUACAACCAGUACAUGAAGACAUUUUUAAAAAUGGUUUAA